CACCACCCCUUCAUUACUCCCAUCAAUAAUCCUAAGAUCCACCGGACAAUCCUCGUUCAAGUCAGUGGCGCAUCCGGUGGACGAGCAGCUCCCUCCGGUCCCGCCGUGUGAGGCCCCCAUCAUUGGCAGAUUAUAGCCGCUCACAAGACUGACCUCGUAAAAAUCAAGCUCUCCUGCACCGUUAAGUGUGAAUUUGGCCAGGGUGGUGUAAUUGCACCAAAUCAGAAGUCUUCUUCAGUCCGCAUCUUUAUUUCGGAUGUACCUUCAAAGCCCCAAGGCGAGUCAUCGAGAUAGACACUUCUAUGCUUAAAUCAGCAAUAAUCAAGCUAUUUUUAGAGUGGAGAUAAAAGAAGCUUAAGGUUGGUUUCAAUUACCUUUCUGAGGCGGUCCCUAAGAGUAUUUGUAAGCCUUUGUGAGAUAUCCACGUGACUUGUUUAGCAAGAUAAUCGGAGAGUAACGUGUUCCUUAAGAAAUAAAGUGACGUGUUUUUUAAGGAGAUAAAUUUGGGAUGGAGAAAUUAAGAGAUAUUCUGGCGUGGGCAUGCUCACCGUGGCAGGAGGAACAGGGGCACCACGGGAUGGUGCCAUAGUGGAAGAGGCAAAAUCUCCAGUGAGACCAGAGACUUUACCGGAGGAAUCUUGGGUGCAGAGAGUCCGUCCCCAUAAACUGGCUGACCAGGAUGUUGAGACAGAAAGGGAUAUGGAUUCCCCUGGGGGGAGAGGAAAACCUGUGGUGGACAAAUGUGGUGUUACGGCACCAGAGAGAAUCCCCAGCCAAACUGGAUUGCUGCACUUGUUCCUGAUUGUAAACUUUGAUGAAUAAACACCUGUACAAUGUAAAACAAUUGAACUCAGGAUUCGAAGAACUCUGCAAUAACUAAGUUGGUGAAACACAUGAUAUAAAAAGAUUAAUUUAAA